AUGGUCAGGAGAGACGAAGAAGAUUCAAAUGACGACGAUUGGGAAGACGAUGAGGAUGACGACGUCUCGGUGAACCAACCAACGACGUCAAAAGGAAAGAUCAUCGAGAACGACUCACCAGAAGAGGAUGAGAUCGAUAUUGGAAGAGCUGGGACUUCUAGCCAGCAGAUGAAAACGAAGAAGAAGAAAGCCCAGAAAAUGAAAGUGGUCAUGGAGGACGAAGAUUCAGAUGGUUUUUGUUGGAAAGAUUAUGAGAAAGAUGAUGAUUGGGUGAAGCAUGUGGCAAAAAAGAACCUGGUGUGUCCAGAGCAAAAUUGCGAAGUAAAAAUUGGAUAUCCAUCCGAUCUCAGAAAGCAUCUGAAACGGGCCCACUUUGCGAACCUGAGCGGAAAAAAGCUGGAAGAACGAGUACGUGCUGCUUGCGAGGAAUGGAUAAAAGCCAGAAAGUUGAUUCUUGAGAAGGCUAAUAGCAAAGGACUAGAGAAGGCUCCGAAGGACCUGAAGUGCUGCUGUGAGAUAUUGGACCUUCCGUACAACGUGUCCAACUUGUACUGUAAGGGAUCGGAAGUUUGUAGGAUUCGCCCGAAGGAAAGAUACUUUGGCUUGAAGCGCAAAGGACCAGAAGGCGAGGAAAGACAGUAUUGGUGCAACAAUUGUUUUCAAGAAGCCAAAAAAGAUGGAAUUGUGGAUGUGAAUCAAUUUGUCUCGAUGCAGAACAAAAUCCUAAAAUCAGAGGAUAUUCUGGAGUGCAAUGGAUGUCAAGGAUCUUGGCACCGAUGCUGUACCACUCAUCUUGGAAUCCGAGAUGUUUUUUAUGGUGUGAUUCGUAAGACCGAAAAACCAAGGAUUGAAAUGAUGUCAAUGGAGAAGGGAGCAAGUUUUAUAGAGCAGCAACUCAACCAACGGAUCUGUGAAGAAGUUCGUGAUGCUCAGAAGAUCAAGAUUCUCUGCUGCACUACCGAAAAAGAAGCUCUUACUCGAAGCUUGGUUCCGAAGCAUCUUGGAAACGAAUUCGUUGCGAAAUAUGGAGAGAAAAUCAGCUACAGAACUCGAGCCACCCACGCCUUCCAGCUUCAAGACGACGGUGACAUGAUAUUCUUUACGAUGCAGACUCAAGAAUAUAUCCGACCAAUUCGAGGAGAUCCCAAAAGCUUCUUUGUAAUUCAAAUCCUGGAUUCCGUGAACUACCUCCAAGGAGUGAAUCGCACGUUCGUCUACCACCAGCUCCUUCUCUCCUACUUUGACUAUAUGCGAUCCGUUGGAAUUCUUCAUGGCCACUUCCAGGCGGAUCCACCAUUGAAAGGAGAUGACUACAUCUUUCAUGUACACCCGGAGAGCCAGGGAUAUCUCGACGAGAGAAGUUUGAUAGGAUGGUACAGAAAGAUGAUGGAUCAAGGGAAAGCCGAAUGGAUUAUCCAGAAGUUCGAGGAUUUCAAGAAGGCGAUGCCAGGGACAAUCCAACCGGCCAGGGAUCUUCCGCUAUUCGAUGGAGAGCUAUGGAGCAAGGCGAUGCUGGCAAGUGAGAAGGAGAAGAAUUUUGAGAAAGCGAUGAAAGAGCAGUACUCAAUCCAUGCCAACGACAACUUCUUCAAGCCAAAGGGGAAGAUCGGACAGCUGGACCCUCGUCUCUUUCGGAACAAGAUUUUGGAGAACGUCGAUGAAUUUUGGAAGCAUCUGGCCAUGAAGAACGCCGAGUUUGUGGAUCGGAGAAGGGCAGUGCACUCGUCGCUUCGAGUCGUCAAGCUUGCAGAGAAGACCAAAAUCGAGAAAGUUCAAGAAGAUCGAGAACGAGAGAGACAAGAGAAUUGGUCUAGUACCAGUCAUUUAUACCUACAUAUUAAGCGACAUCAAUGCUUCGGAUUAUCCAAGUCAGAUUAUUGGAAUCUCAAUGGGCUACCUCAGGAUCCAGAAGACUUCAACAACUUCGAAAUUGCUCAAUUUUGA